AUGCCAUCCGCCUUGGAUCCGAUGCAGCGAUGGCAGGAAUCUCCACCCGAAGAUGAACCUGCAUCCCUGACUGCCAUUAUGAAUGCAAUGGGCGAUAUCCCGCCAAGUGCAAAUGCCGAUGCCCAAAUUCACCCUAGGUCUUCGAACGCAUUUCGACACCAUCGUCGUGCCCCAUCCACGACCAGCGCCGGAUCAAGCCCGUCCUCUACAGACUCAGCCUGGUCAUCAGCAGGUGGUUCAACAUCUCGACAUGGCCGAAACCGAAGAUCCCGUGUGACAAAGGUUAAAGCGAAUGACGGCAAACCUCGUAUCUUCUGCUGCACUUUUUGCUGCGACCGCUUCAGAACGCGAUACGAAUGGGUCCGCCACGAAAAGUCGCUCCAUCUAAAUCUAGAAACAUGGUAUUGCGCACCCCUUGGAUCAUCAGUCUUCUCCCCGAUCACCGGAAGACAACACUGCGCCUAUUGCAACGCCCUAGACCCAUCGCCAGCUCAUCUCACCGAACACCACCACGAAGAAUGUCAAACGCUCUCAAAGGAACUCCGCUCUUUUAACCGCAAAGACCACCUCGUCCAACAUCUCCGCCACUUCCAUCACGUCCAAACAACCCCCCUAAUAGACGAUUGGAAAAUUGAAACAAAGAAUAUAACCUCGCGAUGCGGAUUCUGCUCUGAAACAAUGCCCAACUGGGACGAAAGAACAGACCAUCUCGCCAAACAUUUCCGGCGCGGAUUCACGAUGAAAGACUGGAAAGGCGAACACGAAUUCCCACCAUCCAUAGCAGCACAUCUCAAAAACGCAUACCCGCCCUACCUUCUCGGCUGGGAAUCCGAGAGUAUCGUCCCCUUCUCCGCAACGAGCACGGAUGUCCGCCAUCAGUACGCACAAGUAUCUUCCCGAGUCUUCGCAGCCGAGAGAGAAGAAGCAGGAUCUGAUCCCAGCCUCGGGUUCCCUGAUCCGAAUAAAUCCGAAUUCGAUAACUUUCUGAACGUCUUCACUCGCCACCUUGGACGGUAUGCGCGCGGACAGAUGAAACAGGGUAUCUUUCCGACAGAUGAGAUGUUCCAGAAAGAGUCGAGGAGAGUUCUUUUUGAUGGUGAGGAUGCAUGGGAUCAGACUAUUGCCGAUAAUCCAGACUGGUUAUCUGCAUUUCGACAAUUACACUGUGAACCCAUUGAGCAAAGAGAGUGA